CUCACAAUGCAAAAUUUGAAGUAGAAAACCCCUUCAUUGUCUUCACUAACACAAAUAAAACCCCUUCAUUGUCUUAUUCAUCUUCUCCAACCACAAAAUCUCGCUUUAGCUUUACUGCUACUGUCAAUACUCAACAGCAUAUCUCCUAAAUUGAUCUUCCAUUUCUCUCUAUCCACCAACCUUUCUGCUGUGAGGAAGAAUGACUGGCGCAGAGUUGGUGGUGAUUCAACCUCCCGAUCUCAAGUUCACAUUCGAGUUGCUGAAACAAAGUUCAUGUUCUGUUUACUUGACCAACGUCACAGAUCAAUAUGUAGCAUUUAAGGUAAAAACAACAUCGCCUAAAAAAUACUGUGUGAAGCCUAAUAUAGGAAUCAUCAAGCCAAAGUCAACAGUUGAUUUCACAGUUAUUAUGCAAGCUCAAAGGACUGCUCCAGUUGAUAUGCAAUGCAAGGAUAAAUUUUUGGUUCAGAGCACAUUUAUUCCCUAUGGAAAGAUUGAAGAUGAAAUCUCGCCUAAUAUGUUCUUAAAAGAUGAAGGAAAGUACAUCCAAGAGAACAAGUUAAGGGUCUUUCUUAUUAGCCCACCGCCGCCGCCAGUUUUGCAGCCAUUUAAUGUUCCGAAGGAAGACUCACCUGACAAUUCUUCAACUUUGAAGGAAAAACUGCUGAUUGGACUUGAAAAUUUUCCUCCUCAUACGCAUAUUGAGAAGAAUGAGGAUACCAAAAUUGGUGCCUCUAAAGAUGAACCAAGGUUAGGAAAGAGUAUGGAAAUUGAAAUCAGAAGGGAUGAGGUUGCAGAAUCAAUACCUGUGGAGGCUAUAGAAACAACCGAAGUGACAUUUUCCAAAAACUUUGAGGAAAUGAAGGCAAAGCUUGGUGUGGAAUCAAGAACAGUGGAUGAUUUGGAAAGAAAAGAAGUGACAUUUUCCAAGCCCUUUGAAGAGUUGAAGGCGAAUUUAGGUACAAAUCCAGAUUAUGUGGAACAUAUGGAAGCAACCCAAGUAACACUCUCCAAAAACCGUGAUGUACUAAUUUCUCCGGUCCAAACAGACCAUGGGGGUGUAGAACCACGAUCUGUGGAGUACCCUGAGGAGUUGAAGGCAAAGUUCGGAGUAGAGCCAAAAUCUGUGGAAAAUGUUGGGACAGCUCAAGUAUUGUUAUCCAAAAACCCCGAGGAGUUGAAGGCAAAGUUUGUUGCAGGCUUAAGAUCUGCGGAGGAUGCAGAAACGACAAAGCUGAUGCUGUUCAAAGACAUUGAGGAGCUGAAGGAAAAGCUAGGCGCACUGAAUUCAAAGCUAAUUGAGGCGGGACACACAAUUUCGAAGCUUAGCCAAGAGAAGGAAACUAUUGCUCGCGAGAAGGAAACUCUGAUGCGGGAAAUGGUUUUUGCGAGGAAGAAGAGUGGCGUGAGAAAAGUUCGAGUGGGAUUUCCGCCGCUGUUUGUUUGCAUGGUGGCACUGGUUGGUUUAGCUGUGGGGUUCCUUUUGAGGGCUUAAUGUGGAAACAUAUUCUCAGUGGCAUAUAUAAAGUAUAUAUAUAUAUACACACAAGUACUUCAGCACAGAGGUAAUUUUGUGGUUUUUCAUCUUUUCAAACAGCCAAAUUCUUCUCAGGAGAAAGAGAAGAUUGUAUGUCUCAAGUCUGAACAAUAGGGAUAAAAGCUCAAACCCUUCUUUUCUUCUCUUAAGUUUUCUUCCCUUGUAGCCGUUGAUCUUUAUUUUAUAUUAAGGACUGUUUAUUUCAGCCUCUUAAUGGUUCAGAUGUCUGAAUGGUUCAGACAUUUGCCUUUGAAUGGUUAAGUAUUAUACAGAGUCUGAAUGGUUAAGACCUCUUAUCUGAAUUGAUCAGACAUUUGCCUCUGAAUAGUUAAGCAAUAUACUAGCUCUUAAUGGUUCAGACCUCUUACUGGUUCAGCACUUAAUGGUUCAGACCUCUUACUGGUUGAACACUUACCUAU